AUGAACAUUUGCGACAUGAACUCGGCGGCCACUUAUCUGCGCCAGCAGGGCACGUUCUAUCAAAAGAUCAACGAGUCGGAACUGGUGUUUGAAGAGUACUUUAGAGUGGGAUACUAUGGCAAGCGCUUCCCCGCGUCGAUUCAGAACCGCGAGUUUAUCUACAAGGGCAACGAGUUUGAGCGGUUGUCGGAUUUCAUCACCAAGACACUCGACAAGUGGCCCAAGGCCGAGCUGCUCAAAUCGACCGAGACGCCCAGCAAAGAGGUGAUGGAGUCGGACGGCAUGCACGUGCUCAUCACCUCGGUCAACGUGUCGAGCAUGGCCGAAGCGCAGAAGCGCCAGAGUCUCAACCUCAACGGCAGCGACGGUGCCUUUGCCGGCGGCAAGAAACGUGUACCGCAGCGUGUGCAGCAGUUCAACGCCCGCACCAAGGUCAAUGUAUUUUUAUAUAGCAAACCGUUCAAGAAACAGGCCAACCGUUCGUCGACCAACGAGUUUGAGGACCUGUGGCUCAACAACCACUACCUCGUCUGCGAGACACCCUUCCCAUGCACUGAACGUCGGUCGCUCGUAGUGGACCGCAUCUCGGUCGAGGUCAGUCCCAUCGAGAAUGCCCUCAACUCUAUUGUACAAAAGAAUGAAGAAUUGUUGGCGCGUAUCGAUCGCUAUCAACAAAACCAAAACGAAAAUAUCAAUCCUCUGACCAUGACUUUGAAUGGAAUCAUCGACGCCUCUGUAAACGGUGGUGUCAGUCGUUAUGAACUCUUCCUCACCGAACCAUAUCUCUCUAAACACCCGGAAAACAAACAUAUCGCCGACUGUCUGCGUGUCUCUAUGGACCAGCAGAUAGUCGUCCUCGAAAAGGCACUCAAACUUCACGGCACCCUCAUCAAUUCUUCCAUGGCUGCCAUGCAAGAAAAACUCGAAAGCAUCUUUAAUACUAUGAAAAGUGAAAAGACUGCAAAGUACAUGUAUAACAACUAA